AUGCCGGGAUUUGGGAUGAAUGUGGGACACUGGGCCACCCUACAGCCGCUUGUGGAAGUGAGCUUCCAGGCCAAGGAGGCGGAUGGGAAGGCCUACAGCUCUGACGAGGAGAAGCCCGAGGCCCCUGCAGCCAGCAGCGAGCAGGACGAGGAGGGCUCCGGGGGUGACAGUGAAGACGACAGCUUCCUGGACACAGCGGCCGGGGCCCCCGGGGCCCUGGCGGGGCCCGCACCCAAGCUGAAGGGAGGCCUGGGGACUGGCGCGGAAGAGGGGGCGCCCGUGGCCGCCGGGGUGGCGGCUCCGGGGGGCAAGAGCCGGCGGCGACGCACGGCGUUCACCAGCGAGCAGCUGCUGGAGCUGGAGAAGGAGUUCCACUGCAAGAAGUACCUGUCCCUCACGGAGCGCUCGCAGAUCGCGCACGCCCUCAAGCUCAGCGAGGUGCAGGUCAAGAUCUGGUUCCAGAACCGCCGCGCCAAGUGGAAGCGCAUCAAGGCCGGCAACGUGAGCAGCCGCUCGGGGGAGCCCGUGAGGAACCCCAAGAUUGUGGUACCCAUCCCCGUGCACGUCAACAGGUUUGCGGUACGGAGCCAGCACCAACAGAUGGAGCAGGGCACGCGGCCCUGAGCCCCGGGACGGGGGCGGGGGGGCACCGUGGACGCUGGGCUGGGGGUGCCGGCCCCCGGGGGCCCCACAGGCUGAGGAGUGGCCGGGCCCAGAUUAUUUAUUUGUGUAAAGUGUACAUAUGGUGUGCCCCCCUCGGGGUCUCCCCCUGGGGUGCCCUGGUGCUCAGCCAGAGUUCCGUCUCGGCUCGCUGUCCGUGGUCCAAGCGCGGGCAGGGCCCUAGGCCGGCUGUCCCCGUGUCGCCCGUGUCAGCUGUCUCGACUGGCAGCUCUCUGCUUGUCCCUCUGCAGCCCGGUCUCCCUCUCACUGUGUCCCCAGAGGGACAUGGAGGACCUGAUUGGGUGUUGGGACCAGGGGCUCGGCCCGCGCUCACGGUAACACCACGGCUUGUCUGGGUCCUUCUCUGCCACGCUGUGAUGUUCGAGGGCCAUGGGACGGUACGGCACUGAGGUGAAGCUGGAGUGUCAACACUUCACUAAAGACCAGCUGAGGGGCCAGCUGAGGACAGGGCUGCGUGUGUGCCUCGGGGAAGCAGGGUGCGGGGGCCAGGGGCGGGGCACGCAGGUGAACUAAGGCUUUGCGAGCUCCUGGGAGCCACCACCAUGCGGGAACACGGGCCUAGGGGGCCAAGCCCACCCCCCUCAGGAGGACCUCCAUGCCUGCAGAGCCCGGACACGAGACCCACGGGGACACGUGGGAUCAGGAAGAAACAGCCUUGGUUUGGGAGCAGAGACCGAGGCUGAGUGAGGCCGGGACGGGAGAGGACUCGGCCAGGGGCUCUCCCCAGAGUGGGGUGGGAUGGGAGAGAGGCUCAGAUUUUCUUAUUCCCUCCCAGCAAGCUGGUCCCCCACACCCACUCCCACCACACCUCAGAGCAGACUCCAGCGGCUCCAGCAACGCAAUAGCGCAGCCUGAGUUGGGUUCCAGUGAUACACGCCAACCCAGGAUGGGUCAGCAAGGUGCUAGGGUUCCGUUUCCCCUGGAAAGAUCCAGACCCCCUCCCAAUCCAGUCCGCAGCACCAGGGAGGUGUGGGCUUGAGUCAGAGAAGCCAGCUGAGGGGCUCUGGGUUCAGUGCCAGGGCGGAGACAGGGUGGGUGUACAGGCCAAGGGCUGCAGAGAACCAGUGGGAGCCAAGACCUUGCCAUCACUGUCCCAUGGACUCAGCUGCUCAAAGCCUCCUGCUGUCACCGGGCAGCUGUGCCCAUUAGGGGACAGGAGGCAAUGGCUGCUCUCAGCUUCUGCACCCCAGACUUCCCCCAUGCACACAUUCAGCCUGUCUCUGCUUUGCCCUCGUCCGUAGGCCCCUAGCAGCCUCGCAGGGGGGCUCUGGACUAAAAAAAAAAAAUAAAAUAAACAAACAUCUGGUUUUCUCUGUGAACGGCCUCCCUCUUUACCGCACAAGGGCAGGUGCCCGGGAGAAGGCUGGGGCCCCGUGCUGGCGUCCCCAGGACAAGGGCCAGCAGACAAGGGCCAGGAACGGAGCUCGGCCCCACGUGGUUCUGGGGUCACAGCAGCAUCCAGUCAAGAAGCAAAGCUGGGGCCCUGAUCAAACCCCCACAUCGGCAACAGGUUGUCGGAUCGGAAGCGGCUGUCCCACCAUCAGUCACCUCCUUCCUUCCCUUUGGAGAGCAGCAUCCAGGAGCCAGGUGGUAGAGCCCCUGACAGAACCCACCUGUUCCCAUAUGCAAGGACCCGGGUUCAAACCCCCGGCCCCCACCUACAGGAUGGAAGCUUCACAAGUAGGGAAGCAGGGCGGCGGGUGUUUCUUCUCUCUGCUCUUUAGCUCAUAUUAAAAAAAAAAAAAUUAAGAGUAGUAUUUUGGGGGCUGGAUGGUGCUGGUUAAGCACACACAUUAUCAAGUGCAAAAACAUGGGUUCAAGCCCCCGGUCCCCAACUGCAGGAG